AUGUGGGCACAAUAUUUUAGUUCCAGGAAGGUUCUUUGGUUUCGGAAGGCCCUCAACUUUUAUGCGUCAGGCUCCUAUCAAAGGUUCGUGGGCCAAGACUUCACUGUUUGCAUGUCUCAGCAAAGUGUGAGCAAUUGCAUUCUUAGUGUUUCAUCUGCCCUCAACAGUGUGAUGAAUGAUUAUAUUCGAUUUCCUCUUCAGACAAGACAUGACUUGUUAAAACAAGAGUUUUACGAAUAUUCAGGAUUUUAUGGUGUGAUAAGCACAAUCGACUGCACCCACAUUACAAUAAUUGCUCCGAAAGAUGACGACACUCACAGGGAACUGAACUAUGUGAAUCGGAAAAAUUUCCAUUCACUUAAUGUUCAACUUGUUGUUGAUAUGCAGCAAAACAUUUUGAAUAUUUCUGCAAGAUUCCCUGGCAGCAGUCAUGACGCGUACGUUUGGAAAUCAAGUGAACUACGAAGAUGGCUUCAACAAGCCAAACUGAAUGACACAUGGCUCUUGGGAGAUUCUGGAUAUCCUCUUGAGCCAUGGCUGCUAACUCCCAUCAGUGGGGACAACUUGUCUUCCUCUAAAGAAGAAUACAAUUGGAAGCACGUUUCUGGCAGGGGUACCGUUGAACCGUGCAAUGGAAUACUGAAAAGUAGAUUUCGGUGCCUUUUAAAGCACAGAGUGCUAAAUUACUCGCCAGAAACUGCAGCACAAUUCAUAAAUGCCUGUGCUGUGUUGCACAAUAUGUGCAUCAAAGAGAAUGUAAUCUUUGAAUAAAUAAGUAUCUGCGGAGCCGAUGUGCCUUUUGACACAGGAGUUCCCUUCAAUCCAGGGCAACGGGAAGCUAAUGUGAGCGAAAAAGUUAUGCGUAUGUUUGCUGUUUAAUUGCUUUUUAAAAUUU